AUGGCCGGUGCACUGACAGGGUCAGCCCUGCCCGGUUUGGACAUGAACAUGGACAUCCUCACCCUCAAAUGUCCCUCUCAGACGACCGUCACCGAACUCACCGAUCUCCAUGAUAUAUCUCGCUCCCCAUCAACAGUCUCCAUAGACUCCCAGACAACGGAGACAUGUGUCUCUCCGACCGACUCGGCCAUCUCGUCCGAACCUUCCUCUCCCACCAUGGAGACGCCCAGGAGGAAAAGGAUAGAGCAUUCUAGCUCCAGAAGCCCGGAUUCACCCACUCGCUUGUCUGGUCCACGGGCAACAUCAUCAAGACCUUCCUCGGCAGCUAAUUCGAUUCAUCACUCGCGCUCCAACUCACGCAGUACUGCUCGAUCUCGUCCUCCCAGUAGACACAGUUCCUUCCAUUCGCCUCGACGGUCCGCCAACCCAAGUAUCAGUACCGUGCCAGUCCCCUCGUCUCGACCAAACCCGCUCGACAAACGAGAGUCUCUGUUAGCACUGCAUAGGGAAUCAUGCCGUCUCUUCCAAGACCAGGACCAUCAACAACCACCGUCAUUAUCCAAAUACUCCACCGACCAGCCUCGUCCAACUCUAUACCGCGCUCCCUCUACAUCCUAUAAAUCCAGACGCGACGGCCGCACUUCCUCUGAGAACGACUUCUCAGCACCGUCAUCACCCAUCAGUUCUUCACACUCAACAAGACGUUUCGACCCCGAACAUCGCGGCUCUGUGAGCUCCACGACUACACCACACUUUCUCCAACAUAGAGACCGCUCAAACACCAUGCCUAGCAAUUAUUCUUCAGCGCAUCACAACUCCCAUGGCCAUGGCUACAGUCCGUCCGCUUCGUCAAUUCACGUCCCGGCGACCGUGAUGGAGUGGACAUCCCCUUCUACCCGGCGGGCCGAGUACGAGAAAAUCGACCGUGCCAGCCGUGGCGUCCGCGGUCUAUGGCGCCGCGUUGCUCCGCGCUGGUGCCAGAGCCGCGACUCACGAACCCCCUUCUUCGAAGAAGGCAAGACCAGUCGUGAGGGUAGCGUGCGUCGAUUCCGUAUGGAUUUGCCGGAUGAGGAAGAAAACGACAACAAAUCAAAGACUCGGCCUUGGGAUAAGCGUCGUGCUUGUCGUCGGUCGAAGACUUCUUGA